AGCCUGUCUGUCAGAUUGAGUGAUUAGAUAAUUGGCAGCACCUGGCUGAGUGUUUCUCCUCUCCACUGCAGACACACAUGGCAUUUUGCUGUUGUAAAUACUGUGCACCGACUACGUCAUAGAAAACAAAAUUUAGUUUUAACAUGCUUAAAGAAAGAGUCCCUCCUUUGCUUUUAUUUGUUGCAACGCUGUCGAUGGUGAGCUGUAACUGCACCGAACAUGCAGCUGAACAAGGUGUGGAAGGCGGCAAACAUGAUGGAACUGGCAACUUGGAAACAUUUGAAGUUGCCCACAACCCCAUCAAUAUGACUCAUUUUGCCUAUGGAAUUGCUGCAAAUUUGUUUGCUGUGCUUUUGUAUGGAAGCAAUUUUGUUCCUCUCAAAAGAUUAGAGACAGGAGACGGUAUGUUUUUCCAGUGGGUGUACUGUGCAGCGAUAUGGGCUGUAUCUAUGAUUGGAGAUUUGAUGCUGCAGUCGCCCAAAUUCUAUCCUUUUGUGAUGCUUGGAGGUGUCAUCUGGGCUACAGGGAAUAUAACCGUUGUUCCAAUCGUUAAAGCGAUUGGCCUUGGUCUCGGGAGUUUAAUUUGGGGCUCUUGUAGUUUGUUGGUGGGCUGGGCCACUUCAAGGUUUGGCUGGUUUGGGAUUACGUCAGAGGAAGUUUCCAGGCCACUAUUAAAUUAUUGUGGCGCUGGGUUGUGUCUGUUCAGUGGCGUGAUCUUUUUCUUUGUAAAAACAAACUUGGAACUGCAUCGCAACUCUGAAUCGAUUCCAUUACUUCUCGACAGGAGGACAAAUUCGAGCAGCUAUUGUCCAAGUUCCUCCGAGUUCUGGAUAGAUGUCAUUGGACCGAAGACCAGGCGGUUCAUAGGCUGCCUGCUUGCUGCUGUGUCGGGCCUGCUGUACGGGUCCUCCUACACGCCCAUCUUCUACAUCAAGUGCCAUUCAUCAUGCCGUGACAGCAUGUUCCAUGGAGCCAGUUCCUAUGACCUCGACUAUAUUCAUGCAUUUUGCUCUGGCAUUUUUGCUGCCAGCACCGUGUACUUUGCCAUCUACUGUGCCGCCAUGAAUAACAGGCCCAGGGUCUACUCCAGAAUCAUCCUCCCAGGUCUGUUGUCCGGGUUGAUGUGGGUAUUGGCCACAUACAGCUGGUUCCUGGCCAAUAACUACCUGAGUGCUGUCAUUACCUUUCCCAUUGUCACUGCAGGAUACGGUCUGGUUGCAGGACUGUGGGGAUCCUUGGUGUUCAAAGAGAUUAAGGGAUUAUUCAACUGCUUCAUCUUCUCCUUGGCCUCCUGUGUCGUGCUGACCGGCUCCUGUGCUGACCGCCUUCUCAAAGAUCUAAGACUGGCGUGUGAAAACAUCAAGCAGCUGUCAUAUUUUCAUAUACUGUCAUAUAUAUAUAUACAAAUAUUUCCUCAGAAAAUGUUCUUUUGGUUUUAUAAAACUGUUUGAACCCACAUUUAAAAUAAACCAAAAUGCAUGAGGGUUGACGUGAAUGUAAAGCAUUCUCUAACAGGGUUUGUACCUGCGCUAACAUUUGGUGGCAGUGUCUUACAGGAGCGACCCUCAUGCUUUCUGGUUCAUUCAAAGAAGUCUACUUUGCAUUUUGUUAUUUAAAAUGUAUUGUUGAAAAUAACUUUGUCACCAUCAUGCUUUUGUUUUCAGUUAAUCUCAAAAUGCCCACUUGUUUGUAACACUUACAAGCUUAAAAUAGUUUUAGAAGGAUUGUCGUACCACGAUAUUGAACAUUUUUAUUUAUAACUGUUUGUGCGUCACUGUUUCAAUCUCUGGACGGCGUUACAAAAUGAGUCACUUUUACUUCACACAUCCUGCCAUUAAAACAUCUUUGAUACUGACGUUCAA